UAGAAUCUCUAAUAAUACACCAAAAUCCUACUAAAUUUGAAUCCAUAUACAAGCUUGCAUCACAAUUAACUUUAAAACUAUUGCCUACCGGUGGUUCCCAACACAGGCAAUUUUGAAGAGACCUAAAGGUAUUGUUUCGAUUCCUGUAAACCUGUAAGUCCUUGGCGAUAAUUCUGGCCAAGGCAACAACCUUGUGGUCUGUCCAAGGGUUGUCAGUAUUAAAUAUGUCAUUGCACCUAUGUCUCCAUACCCACCAAAGCCCUGCACCAAAUGACGCCUCAUUGUUAGCCAACGCCUUCCGAAACCACUCUUCAAGAGCAGUACCAGCCGUCGAGUCUAGGAUACUAGGAUCCAAUAUAUGCCAAAUUGUCUUUGAUCGUUCACAGUCUCUAAGACAAUGCUCCAUAGUCUCCUGCGCCUUGUUACAUCUCUUACACAUAUCUGAAGAAGCUAAAUGCCGCUUGAAUCGAAAGGUCUCAGUUGGUAGAGCAUCAUGCCACCACUCCCACUGUGACUCCAACUCAGUCGAACUAGGAUAUCUCAGACCACAAAUAAACUACUUAAUCUCAUGCGGAAUAGGCGCGGUAAGACUAUCAACCUCCCAAGACACCCCUUUCCACAAGUCAGCCACCAUGAAAUCUGAUUCAGAAAUAUGUACAUAAGGAACAAGGUUGCAAAGCUUACCAAAAGGAGUCCACUCAUCAUACCAAAC